CGAGAAUAUCGCAGAUCAAGGGCAGCAAUGCAACGAUUAGGGGCUGAUUCUGAUACAAUGUCAUCUUAUCAAGCCCUAAAGGCUGAGGACCUUACAGUAAGCAAAGAAGUCACUGAGGAAAAUAGGCAUGGUCAGGGUUCUGAUAGGCUAGCUUGGUUUUGGAGAAUCAACAGUGCAGAGGACAGCCAGAAGAGCGAGUGGAUGAAUGAAUUUUAUCGAGUCAAUUGGUUGAAAGCAAAAGCACGAUAUGACCGUUGGAGUGAAGAGCUGAAGUUGGUACAGCAUGAAAUGUGUUGGACAGUAUGGUGGUUUCAGAAGCAGGAGUCGGAGUGGAGAGCAAGGGCAGAUGAAAGCAUCAAGAAUGGGCAUAGGGCAUAUGCUGAAAAGCAGGCUUCCAUGUGGGCUGAGUUUGCAGCUGAGGGCAUGAAGAGUUUUCAAGGAAAAUGGAGCAUGACAAGUUGA